UUGAGAGAUAACUUGAGAGAAAUUGAGAGUACGAGUGAGAGAAGUGAGAUUUUAAGUGAUAGUUUUUUUUAUAGGGUUCUUGGCCGCCACAAAUCGGUAAGAAAAAUUGAUUAAGCUUAAAUACAUCAAAGUAGAAUGCAAUUAACACUUCUCUUUCUCCAUGACACUUCUGUUUACUGAGUAUUGUUAAUUAUUUUUGGGCAAGUAUAUAUAUAAUCUGAUCUCCUCUGCCAGCUUCAGUAAUCACCCAAAAGAUGGAAGCAACAUCAAUAGUGCUGUAUCCAGCACUAGGCAUAGGCCACAUAGUCUCCAUGGUGGAGCUAGCCAAGCACAUCCUAAACCGCCACCACCACCACCACCAUUCCAUCACCAUCCUCCUCACCACCGGCCUCCUAGACCACCCUUCCAUCGACGCCUACAUCCACCGCAUCUCCACCUCCCACCCCUCCAUCUCCUUCCUCCGCUUCCCUCCAACCCCCAUCCCCACCGCCAGAACCCAAAGCACCGCCGCCGCCGCCUUCCAAUUCGUCAAAAACAACGCCGCCAACGUAAAAUCCGCCCUCACCAACAUCUCAAAAACCUCCUCCAUCAAAGCCAUGAUCAUGGACCUCUUCUGCAACUCCGCCACCGAACCAGCCUCCUCCAUGGGAAUCCCUGUCUACUACUUCCUCCCCUCCGGAGCCGCCGUUCUAGCACUCUACUCCUACUUCCCCCAACUCCACCGCCAAACCACGGCGUCGUUCAAGGACAUGCCCGGCGUGGAGCUCCGUGUCCCCGGAAACUCGCCGCUGAUGGCACCGCAGAUGCCGGGACCGAUUGUGAACAGAGAGGAUCCUGCUUACUGGGAGAUGGUGGAUAUCUGCGAGCAGAUUCCGAUGGCGAAGGGAAUCGUGGUGAACACGUUUCGUGAGCUUGAACCUGUGGCGGUUAUGGCGGUUGAGGAAGGUGCGUGUUUUCCGGAGCCCAAACGGGUUCCUCCUCCGCCGGUUUACUACGUUGGGCCCCACAUCGCUGAACCGCAAAAAUCAGAUGAAGCAAUGGACAGUAAAGAUUGCUUGUCCUGGCUGGAUAAACAACCGAGUAGAAGUGUGGUGUUCCUCUGUUUUGGAAGCCGUGGAACUUUCUCAGUGGCACAGUUGAAGGAGAUAGCUGAUGGAUUGGAGAUGAGUGGACAAAGAUUCUUGUGGGUUGUGAAGAGGCCACCACUAUCCAAUGAAGGAGCGAAGCUGAUUCAUGAUACAAUAGGGGAAUUCAACUUGAGUUCAGUAUUGCCAAAUGGGUUUAUGGAGAGAACCAAAGAGAGAGGCAUGGUGGUGACGUCAUGGGCUCCGCAAGUGGAGGUGUUGACUCAUGAAUCUGUUGGUGGCUUUGUGACUCAUUGCGGGUGGAACUCGGUGUUGGAAGCAGUGGUUGUUGGGGUGCCAAUGAUUGCGUGGCCGUUGUAUGCGGAGCAACAUGUGAAUAGGAAUGUGAUGGUUGAAGAUAUGAAGGUGGCUGUUAGGGUGGAACAGAGGGAAGAAGAUGGGUUUGUUAGUGGGGAAGAAUUGGAGAUGAGGGUAAAGGAGUUGAUGGAGUCAGAGAGAGGGAGGGAGAUAAAGGAAAGGAGUUUGAAGAUCAGAGACAUGGCUUUAGCUGCACUUGGAGAAUUUGGAUCAUCCACAAAAGCACUUGCCAAUUUGGUUCAAACAUGGAAUGUAAAAUAAAAAUGUGAAAAAAACUAUGUACUCUUAGAAAUAGUUUUACACAUAGUAAAUAAUAAUUUGAAUGCUUAAGAAUAA